GCGUCAAUUUUGAUUCCACAAAGACAAUAUAAUGUGAUCUGCAAGGACGUUUUGAAACCAUAUAGACGGGUUUUUUUUCUUCUUCUGGGACUUUAAAUGCUUCUGCAUGUCUCCACUAGUUUCAUCUCACACAAUAUUAAUAUUAUUAUUACCACCAUUAUUAUUCACAACAACAGCCCCUAUAGAAAUGUUCUUUCUAAACAAUGGAGCGCAGUUUGUACGAGUCCCCUCAGUACCAUCAUCAGAGAGCGGUGUGUCAACCAACCCCAUUAUGUUCUACCAGGAAGAAGGGAGGACAACUCCAGACCUCUGCAGAGAAACGGCUCGGCGACGGAAAGACUGAAGUUAUGACCCUAGUAUGGCGGAAAAAGGUCCUUUUUUAACGUCAUGUAUCAUUUUCUACCUAUCGAUCGGGGCCGCGAUAUUCCAGAUCCUCGAAGAGCCAAACUGGAAAUCAGCCAGAGAAGAAUUCAACCUGAAGAAAGGAGAGAUUUUGAAGAAACACGCCUGCUUGACCGAAGAAAGCCUGGCUGAGAUUUUGGAGAUGGCGUCGGAUGCUGCCGGCCAAGGAGUGACCUUCGCCGGGCAACACCGAAACUCGUGGGACUGGGCGAAUUCCGUCAUCUUUGCCGCCACCAUUGUCACCACCAUAGGUUAUGGGAAUGUUUCUCCUAAGACUCAAGGCGGGCGCAUGUUCUGCAUCCUGUAUGGUCUGUGCGGGAUCCCCCUGUGUCUGGUGUGGAUAAGCGAGCUGGGCUCUUUUUUUGGAGACCGGGCCAAACGUCUGUCCCAGGUUCUCAUCCGUAAAGGCGUUUCCGUGAAAAAAGUCCAGUUCACCUGCACAGCCCUGUUCCUGUUAUAUGGGCUGUUGGUGCACCUGCUGAUCCCUCCAUUUGUUUUCAUGUCUAUGGAAGGAUGGAGCUACGUGGAGGGCCUUUACUUCUCUUUCAUCACACUCACAACUGUAGGUUUUGGAGAUUUUGUAGCAGGUGUAAACCCAAACAUGGAUUACCCCCGACUGUACAGGGUGUUUGCAGAGUUGUGGAUCUAUAUGGGCCUCGCCUGGCUGUCUCUCUUCUUCAGCUGGAACGUCCACAUGGUUGUGGAAGCCCACAAAGUGCUAAAAAAAAGAAGACACCGGCACAGGCACCUUUUCAACGAUGAACCUCAGUUCGAUGAGGAGAAGCCAAACCUAGCAGGAAAACCCAGACCGUCUGUUAUCGACAUCUUUAACUUCCUGUCACAGAAGGAGGAAAACUACAGCACAGUCAUCAAGGAAAUUGGAGCAAUUACAAGAAAGCCUGCACACAUUAACCGCUCCAAGAGCUGCAGUGACAUCCUGGCCACCAACAUCGAAACCCUGGAUCACUCGCCUCGGCACAAACGCAUGAUCAGCAUCAGUGAAGUGUUCGUAAAUGCGGAGCCUGACGCGGGCAAAGACGAACAGGAUUUGCGUCCUAUAAUACAAGAAAGCUGCCAAGACCCCGAAUCGGCAGAAUGGCAAAGGAUGGAUAAUGAUGAGAACAAGGACAGUUGUCCACUUGAUUCAGAAAGUGAUGGUAUCAUUUUCACUGUAUCGGCCAAAGAUGACACGCAAGAGGAAAGUGCACAGGGGGCUGGUGGUGGAGGGCUCAGGUUCGUGAUAUCCAAGGUAGACGAGGACUAUUUGUUAAUGGAUAAAGAUGAAAAAGGAUAACAUUUUCUAAAACUUUCAACACCUUUACCAAAUUGUGGAAAUGGUCAUCUUUGUGAAAUUUUUAUAUGAAAGUAUUAUGGAUACUGUAUGUAGAAAACAAACAUUUUGUGAAAAUGAUACUAAAUAAAGGUUAAGACGGUUCCCUGUUUUAAAACACACA